AAAAUUUUUUAAAAAUAAGAAUACAGAUUAAACAUGUUAAGACACAACUAAUAUAGAGGAUUUUUAUAGCAAGAUAUUCUCAGUGAGAGUAAUCUGUUCCUGCCUUUCGAGAAGUAACGAUAGAAUAAAAAUAGGUAUUUCUGAUUGGUCGGAUCCAAAGCCGGGUUUCCGGCAGAGAGAACAGACGCACAACUCAUUGCGCGAUGAUCGCUACAUAAACCCAGAGCAUCGGUAAACUAUUUUCUAGUUACGAUCCAAUAUCAUGAGUCUUGUAAUUUGCCGAAAGGAGUGGGUAAUUUCUGCCAUUUACCAAGAGUUCAUAGAAUCUUUGACGGAAUACAAAUGAGAAUUUCAGCGAGAUAAGAACUCGGUAUUAAACUGAAGAAGAGUAGAUUUACAUACGUUCUCAUAUGCGGCCCAAAUGCAUGCGGGAGUCGAGAUUUAUUAGUUGCAUCGAGGGUAACGUCCAAGCUGAGAAAGACGAUUCCAUGACGAAGUAGGAAAGUAUAAUAUACAGGCGAUGGAGAGAAGGUGUACCGGAGGAGCACGCCGCCGCCGGCACUUUUCUCCUGGCUAAUCGUUAUGGAAAGUCUGCAGAUAAUAUGGGACGCUGUGCACCGCGGAAUCUCGUGUGGAAUCGAAGCCGCGCGCUGCUCGUCGUCGACGUUGCUGAAGCAAGGAAAAUUAUACGGGGAGCUGGGAUGAAGAGCAUGAAGAGAGAGCUUAUCAACCAAAUAAAAAUAUAUACUCGAAAUGUCGUUGCUACAUUAAAAUUCGCACGUAACUGCAGAGAGAUGAGCGCAGAAAUGUUGAAUUGAAAAUGUUUCCACGUGGUCCGCGCGACAUCUGCUCGAUUCCAAGACAUUAAGGAAGAAGAUAGGGAAAAGAUAGGUCGUUGUGUUUGUAAAGGGUUUCCUCCUAACGAUACCUCUUUAAGCUUAAUGUUUCUCGUUAAAAAUCUUUGGCAAAUAAUAUGGGACGCGAGCAGAAUCUCGUAAGAUUACUUCGGCACGUCGACGACAUUGCUGGCUGUGGCAAGGAGUGGUACACCCGGAGCGAGAGGAUGGAAGAACGGUCGCUGCGCCAGUGUAAAGGAGACUGGCGACCUAACGGGGAGAAAGAGCGGAUACGAGAGGAAGCGAGAGCGAGAGAAGAGAAUGUAUGCGAGCGAAUGGGACGGACGAGCAUUGGAUGAGAAAGAGAGCGUAUACGAGGCGAGGUGCAUGAAGCGAACGAGCGAAAAAGAGGAACGGUGUUCGUAAUCAAAGGGGCAACCCGCGGCGCGGCUGCGGCGUGGAAGAAAGUCAGCCUAUACCGAGCGGCUCAUCAGUCCGGCACAGUGCGGUGUCCUGAAUGCACGUCGAACCAACGAUUUUUCGCGUGUUCUUGCCACGUGAUUCCGUUCCGUGUAUCACGCAGCACCGUACAAACGCACGUUCGUUCACCGACACCGAGUGGAAGCCCAUCAGCCGACUCCGAUUAACUUCGGUGCAUCGCUCGAUCGGCAGCUGCGACGUGCAACGCUUCGAGUUAGCGGUCUAUCGUGUCCAUUGGACACUCGCGUUUCGAUAAAAUUACGCGCGUACAGUACAAAUAUUCGAGAAAAUUUUAUUGAAGAACGCAUGUAUCGAACUGCCAGGGAAGAACAAGAGUGUGAGCAGAAGGAUUGAACAAUCGUGGAUUCGAGAUCGACCUGUACGAGUGUUACACGGACCGUGGCAACGAUCAAAGGAUUUAGCAAUGCUCAUGAAUGGGAGUGGCCAGUAUUCCAGUGGAGCGUAAAGAUCAGCAAACCUGCCAUGAAUUAAAAUCAAUCCGAAAAAUGGAUGUCGCCAAGGGCACAACAGAGGACUUUGUUACAGUGGUCAGCGUCGGCAAUCAGCCGAUGUCGGAAAAUUUCGUGACCGUUCUAUCGAUCGGCAAUAGAAAGAAGGACAAUGAGGAAUCGUCAGCGGCGGGCAAGAGUUCGUCGAACGGCAUGGACGGCCAUCUCGAGGAAGAAGUCGAGGUUUUCAGAUUGCCCGGGGAACGUUUGGGCUUUGGGCUGAAAUUCGAAGGCGGCAACAAGACCGCCGAGAGAGUUAGAAGACUAUUCGUGCAAAGCUGCGCGGAGCAAAGUCCAGCCAGCAGAGCGAAAUGUUCGUGGGGCACCUUAGGCGAAGGAGACGAGGUACUUUCGAUCGACGGUAUACCGGUGACGCACAUGACCCGAUUGGAUUGCGUGAGAAGAUUGAAGGAGUCACAAUUGGUCAUCAGAUUAAUGGUGAGAUGUCGUGGUGCUCUCAGACCGGAAGUGGUGAGUGCCGAGAGAAAAAUCGAAAGAAACAAAGUGCCUCCGGAGUUACCGGCAGCACCGCCGCCUGUACCACCAAGAAAGCUGAGACAGCCUCGGGGAUCCGCGGACGGAGAGGCAAAUCCUAGUCCUAUCAAGAAAUUGUGGGACAAUUCAAAAUCGCAAAACGGCGCGCAGAACGAUUCGUCUGUUUCGCAAGUCGGGUUACAGUGCGUGACCAAAAUAGGCUCUUAUGAGAAUUGCGAGUCCUCGUCGAAAAACGUCAACGGACUGAAUCAGGAGAGCUCCAAGGAGUCAUCUUCGAAGGACCGCUCGUCGGAGUUUGUGAAAUCGAAGCAGGAACCGCCGGAAGCAAUGGUUUAUCUGGACGCACGAUCACAAUGCGGCUCCACGCAUGGUAGCACGUCCGACGAUACCGGUAGUUCCAUGUCCACCGUGGUGGACAGAUUCUCGACGUCCGAUCGCGUGUCGACCAUCUCCACGACGUCCACGGCGUCGACCGCCGGUUCCGAACAGCCGAACGAAUUCUCGGGCGUCGAUCGAGACUUCGAUCGAUCGUCCGAUCGAGACGUGCUGCUGUCGCGAGCGAUCUGCCCGCUCGAGAUGCUCGAGCGGGACUUUUCGAAUCCGCCUGAUUACCUACUCCGCCGUCUCGCCAGUUCGGAGGCGGUGACACACGUGGAGUCGCGAGGCGAAGUCGAGCGGAUUACAGCGGUCGUCGCACCGAACACGGUGUUGAUCGAGGAAACGAUCACUCUUCAGCCGCCACUCAGCUUUCAAGACGCCCCGCUGAGUUACGGACAUGAAGCCAGGCCGGAUCUUUUCUACACGGCUGAUCUGGCUGCCGACUCGACGACGCAUUUCAGGCCAAUUAAGGACGACGUGGAGCUCGUGGAGCGCGUCAACGGGAACCACGAAGAAUUUCGCGAAACAACCUGCACUGUUUCCGGCACCGGUAGAAUCAACGGCGUCAGGUCGUCACCGCCACCGUUGCCGGCUAGAAAUCACGUUAAUAGGAUUUGCGUGAAUCAGACGCAGACGAGCGAAUCUGGCAACAAGGCGCGUCCGCGAAUCGCCACAACGGUACCUGUCUUCUCCGAGCCUUCGGAAGCUCCUCUAUUGCCACCGAAACCGUUACCGAGGAAGGACGUUAAGGCCAGACGGAAGAGGCCACCGCCGCCACCGCCGCCGCCGAUUAUAACACCGCGAAGAGAAAUUAAACCUUCACCGUCGAUCGAAUCUAAUCACGUAACGGAGAAAGAAAACGAGAAUCCUUCGCAAAGCACGGACCACGUUCGGCCAAGUAUAUGUAAUUCGUCAAAUAAAAAUAACGUCCUAGACGAAAAGAGUCAAAGAAAUGAGACCUCAGAUGAAAGUCGCGAUAGAGAAACUGACAUAAAGAAUGUCUGUCUCGACAACGAGAAGAAAGAUAAAGCUGCAAGUUUGGGAGAGGACGCACAAACGAGCAAAGUUUUUGAGAUUAUCGAAAUUAGAAUGACUAAAAAUUUACAGUCUGAUCAGAAGGAGGAAAUUGCGAAAAGUCAACCGAAUAACGCAACAGAAACUGUGAAUUGCCAGCAAAUUAAAGUUAAAGACGAAGUAACUAAUAGAAACGAACGGGAUCAAUUGCAAGUUGCGAAUAAUUCGAGCAAAGUUUCACCGGAGCAGCGAAACUCGAACUCGAAAGAAUCAGCGACCGACAAAUGCAUUGACGAGUCAAAUGAUGAAAGAGAAAAAGGUAAAGACUCGGAAAGUUGUUAUAAAGAAGAAACUAGAACAAAUGACCGGGAUACUUUUAAGGAAGAAUUUCCAAGGAACGAGGAAGAUAUCUCACCGGUUAAUUCUGCGGCGCAAGAAAACGAGGACGACGAAACUUAUCAAUCGCUCGAUGUGAUAAACGACGACAUAAAAAAUCCAGAAAUAAAUCAGAUAUUGGAGAACGAAGAAGUUAUGGAAGAAGAGGACAGCACUGACGAGAGCGACGACGGUAACUAUUACUGGCAAAGUAAUCUCGCUACCAUCGGCGAAGAAGAGGAAACAUCCUUAGAAUACGUGAAUGACAACGCAGACGUGAAUAAUUCCAGCGAGCUGACGGUGAAGCCGGAAGAAGCACCUCCUGCAAUCAAAAAAGAUGCGUUCGUUAAAAACGCGCGAGAUGACGAAGCAGACCACGUGAGCAAGAUUGCAGAAUACACGGAGGAGAAAACCAAGAACCCGAUCAAAGAUACGGUAAAUGGUAAAAUGGAGAACUGCGGAGGCGGCCAGCGCCUGCCCCCGGACGGGGACGAAUUUCCAGCAGCGUAUCAAGAAUUCAGCAACAGUAGCAACCAGCCACCGUACAGAUAUAUCGCUGCGACAAGGACAGCAACGAUAGCCACGAAUGGUGGAGGAUUGUGCAACGAGAACGAGCCGUUCCGUGCCGGCGAGACUCUUAAAAUGCUCGCGAACGACAGCAACGUUGUCGGUUCGAGGAGCAUUAUUCUACCCGAUAGUAAGAUGACGUUCACAGGCGCUGAAAACGUGAGGCAGGAUAUAAACAAAGUCGCUUUGACAAAUAUGGAGAACGUCCGGUCCGAGAUGGGCAAAGCUACGUCGGCUAAUGUAGAUAGUGUGUGUCAAGACGUGAAGUCCACCGAGAUUACUAACGAAGAGAAAAAAUCGUCUUAUCAUACUUCGGAAGAUAUCGCAAAGAAAAACACUCCCAUCGUCACGGGAAGUUCCCUUUAUUCUUGUCAGACGACUAACAGCAAUUUAAUGAUGAGCGAGAAGAAGAUGGAGAUCGCCGGAUAUUAUCACAAGGACGUGACGACGAUCGAAGAAGUGCCAAGCCACGUGGAAAAGGACACGCCUGUUGAUGCCCCGCCGCCUCUACCAUUGACAGGUCCACCAAAAACAGAGCAAACGGUUUUACAUGCAAGAAACGUUCCUACGAUAGAAUCUCCACAGAGAAAGUUUUCCCUAAACGGCGAUCUCUGGAGACAAGAUAACAAGUCCGGGCGAUCUGUUCGAGACAAAAUCGCCAUGUUUUCGUCGCAGAGCAGCCUUGACGCGCCCCUAUUUCCUAACGCCUUGACGGCGGCAGCAGCCACGAACAACAAACGCCUCUCCAAGUACAAGUCCUCCGAAGAUGUUUGCUGCGACGACAAGAGCAACGGGCAGAAGGAACGGCCGUCUUUCUUCGCCGACAGGACGCAGAGUUCUUUCGAUCUCACCGAUUCGGCCAAGAUUGCGACGGGACAUGACACCGCGAAAAAAUAUCAGAGAACGCCUAAUUUGUCUCAGACUGUUCAACCCGUUCUGUUGAGUCCAACUGUGCAAACUACGCGAGCAGUUCCAAAGACGUUACCAAUCGUUCCUCCGAAAACUAUGUCACUGUCCAGCCCGUUGUCGACUUCGUACGACAAGCAGAACUUCUUAAAUACGACGACGAAAAAUUAUUGCGCAAAUACUGUCGAAAGCGGCAAUUUGCAGAAUGUGAAUUCGAGUAUCGGUAAAAUUGUGGGUUCUUGUAACAAUUUUAGCAAUUCGAUCAAAAUAGCGGGCGCGCCUUCGUUGACGCGAGCUACCAGUUUCUCGGGUCCGACACCUUUCGCGCAAGAUCGAGAUUCUCUGAUAGGAGAUUCCGUCAGCAACUCAACACAAAUCUCGAGGACAAAUUCCUUGGCGUCCACGUUCAAGCGACCCGGAGAAGAUGUGAGAAGAAACAGCUUGAAUCAGUUGAUCGAACAGAGACGAAGAUCGAUAUCAAAGUUACGUGGUCUGAUUAUACCGGAGAAAGACACCGUAUCGAUUGACCAACCUAUCGUCGAUCUGCCGGAAAUUAAAUCACGAGAUUCGAUAUUAUUGCAUCAGAUACCAAAGGCAAAUAUUCAAGACAAAUGGGGGUCUCAAAGUUCCUUGGCCAGCAACGCCAGCACGGCCAGCCAGCCCUUAAAAGCGACAACGUCCUUCAAAAUGCCGGCGCCACAGAUACACUCCAAGUAUUCCCCGGCCUUCAAGAGAAAAUCUCUCACGGUUUACGGUACUUCAGUGACAACAAGCUCCGCGAUAAAUGGCAGCGCACCGAUCAAGAGUUCUCAAUCAACCGCAAUGUCCACGUUUUCGGAGCCACCGAAAAGCCUGGAGAGUAUUUGCAGCCCGACGAGAAGCGAUUAUAGCUUUGAAUUUGCCUCGACCACAAGCUCACCAGAUGGUUCGCGCACCAGACCGAGAACGAUACAGAGGAAAGCUCGCUUGGACUACGAUGAUUCCGACAACGAUUCGGCUGUGAGCAGCUCUCAAAGCAGCAUAUCUCGCGGCUUCAGUCCGCCAAUGUCUCCGGUACCAUCGGAAAGAUCUACCAUCUCAUCAGAGAGAUCUUAUGUCUCCACGGAAUUAAACUGCCAACGUCGCCAACCUUUGAUUGCGGACAAUUUAAGCAGAAUCUCAAUCGCACGAGAUAUCAGAGAUCCAAUUGCUGCAUCCAAUAAAGAUCAAUUCGCCUCCAGGAUAGGCGUCCUCGGUGAACGGACGUAUCUAGCCGAGAGAUCGUCUUCCAGCAGCAGCAGCUCGAAUCCACGCUCACCACAACCGAACGAGCUUGUUUCGAGGAGUUCGCAGAUUCCUCAAAGACAAUUGAGACGAUCGAACAGCACCGAUACAAAUUGCAGCACAUCGUCGACGCUCACAUCUGGGUCACAAGCCAGUGCAGAGUCCCUAUCCCGAAGAGUACUAAAGCCGCAGAGCGUGGAGGCGAUCAAUCGUAAGAAUAUCCUGGCGAGCGCUAGAUGCCGAAGUGGCAGGGAUCUGAAUGGAUCACCGCUAAUUCAACGGAAAUUUUCGGAUGACGAAGAUACGGGAAAAGCAGUCGAAAAUGGUGGUGCCAUUCAUCAGAUGAGCAAUAACUCGAGGAACGAUCCCGCGGGCAAACAAGAGAUCAAGAUUGCAUACAUAGAAGUCGCGGAUCCCUUCGCGGAGGCUGAAGGAUCGUUUCAGAGAAAGGGAGAGAAGCCUAAAUUGCCGCCUAAAAUGAGCUUCCCGCCACCAGCAGUGAGGCCGCCCAAAUCCGAAAUAUUAGAACCGUCAAACGAUCUCAAAAGAUGGGUUCGAGCGGAAGUGAAGACUUUGGCGCGAUCAAUGGAAGAAAAAGCGAGCAGCCAAUAUGAGAAAGAUCCAUCCAUUGCGACUCAAAAUUUGGAAAUAAGAAACAGUCGUGGUUCCUUAUUUAACGAACCUCUUGCUACAGUUUCUAAUAACGAUUUAUCUUUGAAGAACAGGACUACAAUAAGCGACACAAAAAUCACCGCAAUGGAAAUCUCAAAUAAAUCACAAAAUAAAGUAAAUUUAACUCCUAAAAAAAAUAUAGAAGAUCAAAAUGAUCUCUUGACGAUCUUAACGACAAAGAGCCGCUCCAGAUCAGCCAUUCACGUUGACGAAGGAACUUUCAGUAAGUCGAAAAGUCAAAUGAGCCUAGAAGAUAUACUUGGCGCUAAAUCGGAUUCAAAAUUACUACGCGCGCAAAACACAGAAUCUAAAAUCGAGAAAAACAGUAUGAUAACAAGUUCGCCCGUAAAAUCCGCUUGGGAAAUUUCAAAGGAAAAUCGAUACGCGAGAAGAGGCUCCAAUACUUCGAACGAAUCCUGGUCAGAGGAUAGACCCUUCGUCUCGAAAAUACCUACCUUAGGGAAAACCAAAACUGUCGAUAGCGGCGACGAAAUGUCAGAAAGCGUCGAAAGAAUGAAAAGUGCGACGGCAUCGAAAAUUCCGACGUCCCGUGGCCUAAAUCGACGAAGCGCCAGCGUCACGGAUAUGAAGAAAGCCUUAGAAAAGAUCGACACGAAUCCCGUGCACAGCCAGUUACAACAGAACCCCAGCAAUUUGGCCAACAAUACUCACAAUCGAUUUCCAAGUCUAGACAGCAGCGUGGACGAGAAUAUCGAGACGGAAAUGGAGACUGAUAGAUGCUACGGCGAGCAAUUCGGUAGUAUUAGCUCAUUGGCUAGUAGCACCAGUUUAAUCUCGCAACAGGAAUUGGCGCAGCUCGUCGAGGAGGCUAGUUUGGAGGAGACACGUGGCGCACACGACGUCAUAGUCGUUCUACUCCACAAGGAGAACCCGACCGGCAGCGUUGGCAUCACUUUGGCCGGCGGCGCAGACUGCGAAGUGAAAGAGAUCACGGUUCACCGAGUGCUGACGCACUCCAUCGCGGACAAGGAUGGCCGGAUACAGAGAGGUGAUAGGAUUCUCAGCAUAAACGGUCGAAGCACGCGAGGUCUCACGCACAGGGAGAGCAUGGUGGUGCUGAAGCAGCCGAGAUCGGAGGUCGUGUUGGUCGUAUCGCGAGUCAGGACGGAGGAAGGCUGUAAGCUAAGGUCACGAACCGCGAGUGUCGAAACCAUCGUCGAAGGGUUAGAGACGAAUGGAAAUGUGGAGGACACAGCGUGGGGCCCACCAUCGACCGUAGCGAUUUACAAGGACGGAGCUGGUCUGGGAUUUAGUCUGGAAGGCGGCAGGGAUAGUCCCCUCGGGGAUAGACCUCUAAUCAUCAAGAAGAUAUUCACCGGAGGUGCUGCCGAGAAAACAGGUGCUUUGAAAGCCGGGGACCAACUGCUCGAAGUAAACGGUAACGACGUGACGCGAAUGUCGAGGAUAGAAGCGUGGUCUUUGAUGAAGAAGCUACACGACGGUGAAGUAAAUCUCCUAGUCAGGCAUCCUGCCACUAAAUCCUCGUGAAGAAUACGAAAUCCCGAUCGUAUGAUACAAAAGAAACGUAGAAAUGUGCCAAGCAAGCAACUGGAUAAUUUUUCGAUCAAUAUUUGUAGGCAUAGUGUUGGGAAAAAUAAUUAUUUAAAGGAUGUAUCUAUAAUAAAAACUAUACUAUUUGAAAUAAGUAUUUUGUGUAAUAAGUACGAAAAGUUUUUUAUCUACUGCACAAAAGACUUAUUUUAAAUAGUAUUUUUUGUAUAGAUACAUUUUUUAAAUAAAUAUUUCUAUUGAAUCUAUUUCAAUUUUUUCCCAGCAUUGCGUAGACAUAAUGGGUAAUAAGAUAUGUUAUUAAUUUGUUCAAAGAGAGAUUUUAGAUACAAAUCAAUAUAUUAUACAUGAAAAGCUUUUUCUCAUGCUCGUAAAUUUAAAUAGUGCAGCUAUUUAAAUAAUGUUUAAUCAGAAUCAAAAGCUCAAUCUCGCCAAUUUAUGAAAAGAAAUGAGCUAUGCUAUUUCUAGUAGCGUUUAAAUAAAUCGAUAACUAUCAUACAUUCGCUGCUCUAAGAAUUGCAUUAUCAUCUAUUAUAAAUUUAACAAGCAACUUGUUAAUUAAUAAACAAAAAGAAAAAUUGGCAAGUCUGUGUGAUUUGCUAAUUUAUUUUCUAAUCAACUUCUGAUCAAACAUCUUGUAAAUCUUGCACAUCUUGUAGAAUGAGUCUUAUACAUAAAAUAAUGUGAUAAUGAUACGAUGCAAUAAUCUUGACAUUUUCAUCGUAAUAGAAUCAAUACUACAAAAGGAGACUUAACAGCUAUAAACUUCCAAUUUGAAUAGACAAUACAAAAUGCAAUAUUGUAUUCUAUAUGCAAUGAUUAGAUGUGGAAUAAUAUUUUCGUUAAAUUUCACUAAAAAGAGCAGCGAUAUAGAGUCUUAAUAUACUAUAUAUUUUGGGAAAUUUUAAUAUAUGCCAUACGCAAGCAAAUUGUAAUGAAUGCUGUUGAAUUGAAGUAGAUACGUCAAUUAAUCAUUUAAUUAAAGCGAUAUAUCGUUGAUACGAAUCGUUCGUACGACAUUAAUUCCAUAGUGCCGGCCGUGCAGUAAUAGUUAAGGACUUAAGGAUUUGCGACAAGUAAAAUAGCUGAAUAGAUAGUUAUAAUAUGAGCCUGAUUGUAGAUUGCCUAUCUCUAAUCGAUUUUAUCGUAGCUACCCCGUCGCCUUACUAUAGUGGUUCCUGUUACGUUAGGAUAUGAAAAUUAUUUUUAUACAAAGUGGUGGUCAGAAUUGAUACGCCGUUAUAGCAACGAGAGAAAGUAGCGCGAGAGUUCGUUUCAGUUGCCUAAGGAUGUAACUUCGAUUAAAAGUUAAUUAAUUUAGUUAGCGAUUAACUCAACUGAUAAUUGCUUGUAAUAAUAUUUCUAAUAAUAUGAAUUAUCUCUAAUCGAAUAUUUCUUUCCACGUUUCUUUCCAUUAAAUAACAAAAAAAAAUCAACAAUAUUCUAUCUAUGUUGACAAAAUAGUAUAAAUAUUGUACUUGAUAAGUUAAUCGCUGAUUAUCUUAGAGAUUAGUCGAAGUUGCUUUUGACACAAUAAAAUCAUACUGAAAAAAGAAUUUGAUAAUAGCUACCAAAUGUUGAUUAAUAUAAAAUAAAUAUUUGAUUAAAUAAUUUUAUUUUUUUUAAUAUUGUAAGUAUAAUUGAGAAGAAUUAGAAUUGUAAAGUAUUUACUAAUUUAGAAAAGUAAAAUUAUUUCUGAUUAUAUUAAUUAUUUGGUAGCUAUUCUUCAAUCAAGCUAUUUUAAUCAAAUUCUUUUUUCAGUGAGACAGAUUUGUGCUAAAAAGUAGUCCCCCAAAAAUGUGGACAUAAUUUUCAGGCUAACUAUGAUAUGCAUUUCUCUAAAACAUAAAGUCAAUUUAGUGUGCCUAUGCAAUUGAAUAAAAAGUUGAAAUUAAUCCAGUUUUAUAUCAUAAACAUAAAGAUAACGUGAUAUAAAUAUUACUAUACAAGUAAAAUAUUUAUAAAAUAACUAACAAUAAAAUAAAAUUUCCUUUGCAGUUAGCCUGAAAUGUAUAGCGGGUUAGAAUUGUUCAAAUUUUUAUUUGAACUUUACUAAAAAGAGUUUGAAAGACCAUUUUAAUGUCAUCUCGCGACUAUCCGUAAUAACUAACAAAUUUUUAAUUUGUUCGCUGUUGAGAAGCCUAAUCAAAUCUACAAUUAAAUCAAUACCUGUCACAUUCACGAGAUCACGUCGAUUGUGAUCACCUCAUCAUCGUUAAUGCACAGGAUAAAUCAUGCAUUUAAUCAGGCAGAGACCGCAUCGCGCAGCGUAUACGUGAACAGAACGCUGUUUCACUUCUCUCUCCCCCCCCUCUUCCCCCCCGCUCCCCCUCCUCUAUCUCUCUUACUCUCAACUGUCUCUUUCUGCAUCUUACGUUCGGUCUAUUGUCGAGAUAUCAUCGGCGAGAAGUUAUCCCGCGCACGAGGCGCGACGCUUUGCGUAAUUAGUAAUUUCGCCGGGAUAGUAAGGAUAUAAUGAGACGAGACGUCAAGUAAUUAUUUCAGACUAGGAAUGGCGCGAAGGGAAGGAAGAUGGCGGACGACCGCAUAAAUAACUUUGGCAUUAAAGACGCUCGGUAACAUCAACUAAUAGCCCAGCAAGAGUGACGCUAAAUGAAGUCUCAAUAACGUCUUGAUGUCUCUAAUGAUCAAUAAGAUAUCGUUUGAUUGCUGGAAGUAACGUAACAUCGAUAUUAUAUGUUACUAUUGGCUUAUUGGUAGGUUCUCGUUCCGACUUUCCGUCGUCUUGCGUUUCAUUACACCCGAUCAUUCUUCUCCCCGCGCCUGUUGCAUCCUUCUGUUAAAGAAUAUAGCGGGAUAAAGUACGACUCACCGAUCUCGAUAAACAUCUCGAGGAGUAGGAGGGAGACAGGCAACAGGAGUAGCACCCGGGACGAAAGACGAAACGACACUUGAUAUAAAUGCAUCCUUGAUCGUGAUCGGCGUCGAAAUGACCGAAGUGCAGUCGCGUCUAGCGUGAAGUGCGCCGGUGUAGGCGAUCGAUCCAUUGAUCGAUUUGAAUCGACUGCAAUUCGCCAGCUCAUUCUAUACGGUUUGAAUGUGUGUUGAGAUAUUCAAAUGUUAGAGAUCAUGAUUUUCCAUCGACUCUAAUUUAUUUAAAAUAUUUUAAUCUUCGAAAUAGCGUUCUGCUCAUUAAUUUUCUUGCAUCCGCACGUGGCCAUAAAUUUCCAAUGACAUUGAACCGCGAACUAAUCAAUCGUUAGCUCAAUCUCAAUUGCAAUUACUGAAAUUACGAAUACGCCAAGUUAGAAAAAAAGAGUGUCAUACAUAGCAAAAAAUAUUAAUAUAAAAAAUGUAUAUUGGAAUAUAUAUUUAAAUAUAAUACGAGGCGUUUCGGGAUUUGCAUUUAAUUAAAAUUUUGUGCUGUGAUAUGUAUGAGUGACACGAUUUAGUAUAAAACAAACAACUAUUGAUUGAGAUACUAAUGAAUAUUAUUACGUAUUUUAAUCCAAUGUAAAUUCGUUAUAUAUGUAAAGUACUGAAUUGUUUGUUUCUUUUUAUUAUUGUUUAGUGUUAUGAAUGCUUUUUUUAUUGUGUAUUUCCUAUAAAAAGCGUUGCAAACACUUUAUAAUAUAAUUUUUGUUAAAAAUACAAAAUCUUUCAAAAGAACCAACAAAAGGAAAGUAAAAAUUAUUAAGAAAUUAUAUUAGAAAAUUAAAUUUUCGCGCAUUUUUUCUCUGAAAAAGAUUGUGUGAGAUGAAAGAUUUCUUGAGAUUAUAUUAGAAAAUCAUGUUCUUUGUUCGCUUAAUAUAUUUAUUAAAUACUAUAAUUGUACAUUGAAAAUAACAGCGAAUUGUAUAUAACAAUAAUUAAUACCAAUAAAAUUUCUUUGGAA